UAUUGCUUCUUUGUUGCUGCAUUGUCAUGGGAGGGCUGCUUCCCUGAAAGCUCCUUUUCAAGCAGAGAGUCCUACCAAAGUUGCAAAGAAGAGAAGUCCUGCAGAUACCCGUGAGUGUAACCAUGGCCCAGGUGCAGUAUGACUGUUCCACGGGGAAUCAUCCAAACAUCACCAAUUCAACAGCCUCCCCCGUGGAACAUGAGCAAAUUCAACUCCUGUUGCACGUCUGCAAGGAAGCUAAGAAAUCUGCUUACUGUCCAUAUAGUCGCUUCCCUGUGGGAGCGGCGCUACUGACAUGUGAUGGGAAGAUCUUCUCUGGCUGCAAUGUAGAAAAUGCCUGCUACCCCCUGGGGAUAUGUGCUGAACGCACCGCCAUUCAGAAAGCUGUGUCAGAAGGGUAUGUGAAUUUCAGAGCCAUGGCCAUUGCUAGCAACACUGAAGAGGACUUCAUCGUGCCCUGUGGGGCCUGCAGACAAGUAAUGAGAGAGUUCAAUAGAGACUGGGACAUUUACAUGACAAAGCCAGAUGGGACCUAUAUAGUCAAGACUCUUCAAGAGCUCCUGCCCCUGUCAUUUGGACCAGAAGAUCUGAAGAAGUUCUGAAGGGUAUGUGGAGCGUGUGAUCUGCAAUGGCCCUAAAGAACCUCCAGACAAUCUUACGCUUUCUGUCUUCAGGACGAGAUUUAUUUCAGAUACUUCCCAAUUCUGUCUCCUAGAGAAUGUCAUUUAACUUCUGUAAGCCUCAGGGAACUCUAAUGAAAAUAAUUUCCAUUUAUACUAGGCCUGGGGAAGGGGUGGCAAGAACCAGAUCUGCCUCAUUGUGAAUCAGCCAAUCCCAAACGUUCACAAGUUCGGUUUAGCAGACAUGGCAGUAUGAUGUCAUGAUUAGAGCAGGUUGGGAAUUUGUCAACGAAACAUUUUGCAUGGGAAAACUCCAGUUCAUCGAAACAGUCUGAGCUAGUCACAUGACCACUCUGUGCCUCAGUUUCCUCACCUGAAUAACGAUGCAUUAACCUUUUUCACAAAGUGCUUUGAGAUGCUUGGGUGAGAAAUGCUUUUAUAGUGCUAAAUAUUAUUAUUGCUCAUAUUAAUGCAGUUACUCCAGCUUUAUACUGGUUUAACUGAGACCAGAAUCUGGCCUAAGAGUCUCAUAUAAGGUCAGAAUGUAAGUUCUAAUAUACUAGAGGGUCCAAAUUAUUCUGAAACAUAUUACUCAAACACAAUGGGCCAAGUGCACCUUCUCCCCCCACAUCUUCCCACAUCAAGCUAUAUGCUGUACAUUUAUUUACUAGUGAUUAGAGAACAACCAAAUUAAAGAUUCACUGAGUUCUGGUUUGGCUCCAGAUCUCAUUUUAUGCAAACCUCUAAAGUUCCAACGGAGGAGAAUUUAACACAUAGUUUUAAUUCUGGCCCAUCACUACUUGUUGAUCAAAAUUGCACAGAUCAAUAAAUCAUACAAAUGCAGGAAUUCCAUAAUGUAAAUAGAUAUUUGUAAAGAUAAGAAGAAAAACUAAAUAGAAGAGAAACUAAAGGUUUAAUAAAUCCAAAGUAGACUCUCUUGUUCAUUUAUGAAGCAGGUUAUUAGUAAGCAACAGUCUAUAGUAAAAUGUAUCAGAGGGGUAGCCGUGUUAGUCUGGAUCUGUAAAAGCAGCAAAGAAUCCUGUAGCACCUUACAGACUAACAGACAUUUUGGAGCGGGGCAUAGUUUGACUCCUUCCAUGCUCGGGCCUCAUGGAAGGCAGGUGACCGGUUUUCGAAAGGCACCGUGACAUCUACCAGGACCUUCUUCUUUGCAUCUGACGAAGUGGGUAUUCGCCCACGAAAGCUCAUGCUCCAAAAUGUCUGUUAGUCUAUAAGGUGCUACAGGAUUCUUUGCUGCUUUUAUAGUAAAAUGGGCAUUUUAGAUUAUGCUGUUUAUUGUCACUUAAUUUUCCACAUUUUUUGACCAUCCUCUUCUUUGUUACCCUGAUUUUUCUUGAUUUAUUUUUUUCUGUGUGAGAGAAUGGAUGAGAAAGGGAAUGUAGUGGUGAGAACUGGACAAUACUCUAACAGUUCAGUCUCCAGAGUAAUAUGAUGUUAU